AAGUCUCUAAGCAGCGUCAUCGCUUGGUAGUCGCUCGUAUUGAUCUUUAAUGGACCUAAUUCAGUCAGAAGCCAUGCGCUGUCGCCAAUUCUCCCAUGGAUUACACUCGGAGCAGCCACAAUUGGUAUAAAAUCCGCUGCCACCGUCCCUGUACACCGCAGGACGGAAACUAAUUGAAUGGCACUGCGCAUGUGUGCUAUGGUUGGAGUUUAUAUCCACAGACCACGCGUCGACCGAUCAAAACAAAUGGCGAAGUUGCUUGAGCGGGCGAGAAAGUUUCUCAAACGUGUCUCAACGGCCCGUCAAUGUUUCCAACGCGCAGACUAAUUCUCGAGCCAUCUUAGGCAAAUUGGAUGUACACCAUGGAACGGAUAAUUGUGUCUAUGAAUGAAAGCAACAGUUCGGAGCAAAACCUAUCCAGCCUUGACUUAAGUGGAUUACUGAGCAUCGAAAAUGAAACUCAUUUCACGUACGUGGAGAAUGUUCUCACAUCAAUUCUUGGUGCCAAGAGAAAGGAUCUGGCUUCCGUCACAGUCCUGACUGUGGUGUAUUGUGUGAUAUUUCUAACAGGGAUGAUAGGCAAUGUGAGCACCUGUAUAGUGAUAACAAGGAAUUCCUACAUGCAUACCGUCACAAACUAUUACCUUCUCUGCCUUGCAAUAUCGGAUGUGUUGACACUCAUCUUAGCCCUGCCUCCGGAGCUAUAUUCAUUCUGGGAAGCGUAUCCAUGGCGAUUCGGGGAACCAUUCUGUAUUUUCAAGUCUUUUCUCAUAGAGAUGACGUCCAAUGCGUCAGUAUUAACAAUUACGGGUUUUACAAUAGAACGUUACAUAGCAAUUUGCCACCCCAUUCGUGGACAAAGAACGUUUGGCUUGAGCCGGGCUGUGAAAUGUAUAUGUGUCAUCUGGGUAUUGUCAGGGGUGUGCGCAUUGCCCUACCCAAUAUACACCCGUGUGUUCUACUUUGUGACUGACCCAAGAACAGGGGAGCCAAUCAAAGACUCUCUCCUGUGCAACAUACCGCGCCAGUGGCAGACAAAGAUGACGUAUAUGUUUCAGGUUUCAACGUUUGUGUUUUUCGUCCUGCCAAUGACUGUGAUAACGAUGAUGUAUAUAAUGAUUGGGAUGAAGCUGAGGAAGUCGGAGAUAGCGUCAGCAAUGUACAUGCAAUCACAUUCUGGGAAAACAGCAGCCGCUCGAGCCAGGAAAGCCGUGCUCAAAAUGCUAGUCGCAGUAGUUGUCGCCUUCUUCAUCUGCUGGGCGCCCUUUCACGCCCAGAGACUGAUGACCCUGUACAUUAAACACGAGCAGUGGACCCCAGAGUUGCUUCUGGUACAAAGCCAUUUGUUCUACGUCUCAGGUGUGCUAUAUUUUCUUAGCUCAACCGUCAAUCCCAUAUUAUACAACCUUCUGUCUCGAAAGUUUCGUCAAGCAUCGAAGCGGACCCUAUGUCGUUGUUGCUUAGAUUUGGAGUCUCUUCCCGCCUUUUAUAAAUUGAAAGCAAAAUUCAUUGGACGUGCUGAAAUGACGACGUCGUCGAAGAGCGAAAGGAGAUAUCUAGAUCCAGAGAAGCCCAUACGGAUGGCGAAGUUUACAAACGUUGAGUACAGAAAGGCAAAUCCUACACCAGGAUACCCUUCCACUAAAGAAACCUCCAUGCGGCAAUACACGCCCUCUACUUCCUCUUCCUCUGCGCAUGCGCAUUCAGAUGGAAGACUGUAUCUUCUAUGUCGCCAUAAGUAUUGCUCAAGUAGGAGAGCUAGAUUGAAUAAUGAGCAAACGAAGCACCAUCGAAGGUUCAAUGGUUCCUAUCCAAAUAUUGAAGAUCAAAGGGUUCCAUCGGAUUACCGUCGAUGUUUGUUGAUGUCGUCGGCUGUUGACAACUGGAGAACAGAACGUGAUAAAGGCAAAGAUUUGUUUGUUUUGUAAGGAUGUGUUUACAGAGACGACUAUUUUCUGAAAACAGCCGCUAACUAGUGGACAGAUUACAUUCCAAAUAUAUAUUUUUCUUUCUGACACUGUUGCUGAUUUUGUAGCGCCAUGUGAUUCGUGUCAUGCUUGAAAUGGCAUUGUUGAUUUUUGAAAAAGAAACAUUUUUCA